CGUAACGCGGCGAGAGGGCGGGGCUUAAACCGCUGCUGCAGGGCCGUAGGGAGACAAGGACGCCCCGGACGCUCCGAAUCCAAGCCGAACUUUUGGACCUUCUCCUUACCAUUAGGCUGGGCCCGCUGCUGGUGCCGCCGCGAGAGAAGAUGGGGAACCGAGUGGGCCGCGAGGACUACGAAUGGGUGUAUACGGACCAGCCGCACGCGGACAGGAGGAAGGAGAUCCUGGCUAAAUAUCCAGAAAUCAAGUCGCUGAUGGGUCCGGACCCCAGGCUGAAAUGGAUUGUGUGCAUGAUGGUGGUGACCCAGUUCUUAGCCUUCUACCUGGUCAAAGACUUGGACUGGAAAUGGGUCCUGUUUUGGACGUACGCGUUCGGCAGCUGCAUCAACCACUCCAUGACCCUCGCCAUCCACGAGAUCUCACACAACACUGCCUUUGGAAACAACAAAUCCAUGUGGAACCGCUACUUCGCCAUGUUCGCCAACCUGCCCAUCGGACUGCCCUACUCCGCCUCCUUCAAGCGCUACCACCUGGACCACCACCGCUACUUGGGCGGCGACGGCGUGGACGUAGACAUUCCCACAGACUUUGAGGGCUGGUUCUUCUGCACGCGCUUUCGCAAGUUCGUCUGGAUCAUCCUGCAGCCGCUGUUCUAUGCCGUGCGGCCCCUCUGCAUCAACCCCAAACCGCUCAGCCAGCUGGAGAUGAUCAACGUGACGGUCCAGGUGGGCUUUAACUUCCUGCUGUACUGGAUGUGGGGGGCUAAGCCUGUGGUUUACAUGCUGGCCGGCUCCAUGCUGGGGAUGGGCCUGCACCCCAUCUCUGGCCACUUCAUCGCCGAGCACUACAUGUUCCUCAAGGGCCACGAGACCUACUCGUACUACGGCUGCCUCAACCUCCUCACCUUCAACGUGGGCUACCACAACGAGCACCAUGACUUCCCCAGCAUCCCUGGGAGACGGCUUCCUCUGGUGAAGAAAAUCGCCUCAGAAUACUACGAUGACUUGCCUCAGUACUCGUCAUGGGUGAGGGUGCUGUACGACUUCAUCAUGGACGACAAGCUGAGCCCGUACUCUCGGAUCAAGAGGAAGUUAAAGGGAGACGUCAAGCAGGAGUAACAGAGCUUCUCCAAACCAAAGCUAUAGAAUCCAUAUGACUGAGGCCUUCUCACAUUUCUGACUUUCUAACUCUUUCUUCAUCAAGUUCAGCUCAUGGGGGGGGGUAACGUUUGUUACUGAGAUUUUUACCUUCAGGUUUUGGAAUGUGACCAAAUCUUUCUUCCCUUUCAGGCCAGCUUGGUUGGUAAUGGGGGUUAUGUCUUAGCUUAGCAGUAAACAUCCCAGCUACCUUUUACUGGUUUUUAAUUAUCAGAUGAGAAAAAUAAAAUCAGAGUCUUUUCAUUCUCACUGCCAUAUUUGGUCCUUUCUGUUUGGACAUUAAAUCCUACAGUCAGAUUUUUCUUAUUGGGAGAAAUUUGGGCCAAAAUUCCUGAAGGUAAAGAGCGGAAAUUAGGGAACUUUCUUCAUAUAGAAUAAUGUUUUAAAUGCAUCUGGUGUUUGCAAAAGUUAACUGAUAUUUUUACAGUUUGCUGUUUCUUUUUGAUUUUAAUUCUGAGAUUUUUUUUUGGAGUUGCAUCUUUUCUUUUCAAAUUUUUCCCAUUUUCUACCUUUCUGGGUGAAACCAGAGCCAUUAGGUUAGAUAGCAUUUCUAUUAGUUUGUGCCUAGAACAAUCAGAACCGACCUCCUUUUUUGUUUUUUAUGAAGCCCGAAAAAAAAAACAAGCAAGCUGUAAAAAUGUAGCUAAACUUUUGUAUUUUCACCUUUCCAUUUUUUAAAGGUUUCAGUAAUACUGGAACUUAUUUCUCUCCAUAUUCUAACCAGCCACCACAGCUUGGCUGAAGAAGCUUCUGGACAGCUGGUUGCCAUGACGCUAAAUGUUAAUGGUGUGUCCUGAAAGAAGCUUCUGGAUCCACAUGUUAGAGAUUGCUGUGGUCCUCGACACAAAGCGGCUUCCUGAAGCGGCCCCUCCAGCCAGAUGGAGCCUUAUUGAGGAUGGAAUCGGCUUCUUGGCUGAACCGAUCCGCUCUAACCUAAAGCUCAGACGCUCUGCAGGCCUCACUGAUGCAGCUCCUGGUGUCCUAACUGUCCCUGCUGGUGUGACGAAGGUCAAACGUGUCUCCAUGAUGAUGAAGUGUUCCCGGGGCCACCCAGGAGCCGAAGGUUCGGAAUGUUGGGACACACAAACAGUUACUGAUGCAUUCCAUAAGCUCUCCCCCCGCCCAGCUGAGGGGGUGACGUCCAUCACUCUUUAUGUCUGAUAGCUGCUGUAAGUCCUCCGGUUCGGUCCAGUCUCUAUGAAGAACCAGCCGUUGGCUUUCCAAACUUUUAAACUCUAGGUCAUGUAUUUGUUGCACUAAGCCUCGCUGUGCCUGUUAAAGUUCUAGAUGAACGCGUUUUUAAUUUCUUCUUCCGCUGUCGGUGCUCUGCUUGUUCACUUUGAUUUUAUUCUCAGUAUUGUGCUUUUUAACUCAAGGCAAUAAAACAAAUACUUAUUUUCCUACAGUG